CCGCCGCCGCCGCCGCCGCCGCCGCCGCCGCGGGAUCGCGCCCCUCCCCCAGCCCCCGGCCUCUCCGGCCCGCGGGGAGCGGACGCGCGCGCGGCUGCUCGGUGGGAUGGUCCGUGGAGCCGGACCCAGGAUGCUCCCGGGGUGUGGAUGACCAGCCGCCCAGCCCCGCACGGCCCAGGCCCGGAUGCCGCGCCCUUGUCUCCUGACCCGGGGACCCCGCCCGUCGCGGGACUGAGCUUCCAGAAGCCGCCGAGCGAGCGGCGACGGCGCAGGGACCCGGGGGAGGGGGUUCGGCGCCGGCGGGAAACAUUUUCCCCCAGCGGCUCGGCAAGAUGACCAGCCUGUUCCGCCGGAGCGGCGGGGGCGGCGGCGGGGGCGGCGGCUCGGCGGCGGCGCGCGGGGCUGGGGGCAGCGCGGCCGCCUCGCAGGAGCUCAACAACAGCCGGCCCGCCCGCCAGGUGCGCCGCCUCGAGUUCAACCAGGCCAUGGACGACUUCAAGACCAUGUUCCCCAACAUGGAUUACGACAUCAUCGAGUGCGUGCUGCGUGCCAACAGCGGCGCCGUGGACGCCACCAUCGACCAGCUGCUGCAGAUGAACCUGGAGGCGGGUGGCGGCAGCGUCUACGAGGACAGCUCGGACUCGGAGGACAGCAUCCCCCCGGAGAUUUUGGAAAGGACCUUGGAACCUGAUAGCUCUGACGAGGAACCCCCGCCUGUGUACUCCCCUCCAGCCUACCACAUGCACAUGUUCGACAGGCCUUACCCUCUGGCUCCCCCCACUCCACCUCCCCGCAUCGACGUGCUGGGCUCCGCGCCCCCUUCCGGCCAGAGGCGCUAUCGGAACUGGAACCCCCCACUGCUAGGCAACCUCCCCGAAGACUUUCUCCGCAUCCUGCCCCAGCAGCUGGACAGCAUACAGGCUACCUCCGGGGGCUCCAAGCCUGCGAUCACAGAGGGAGGCCGGCCCCUCACGGCCGGGCCCGGACCCCGGGACCAGGAGAACCGCUGGAAGCAAUACCUGGAGGACGAGAGGAUCGCGCUCUUCCUGCAGAACGAGGAGUUCAUGAAGGAGCUGCAGCGCAACCGCGACUUCCUCCUUGCCCUGGAGAGAGAUCGACUGAAAUACGAGUCCCAGAAAUCUACAUCCAGCAGCGUAGCUGUGGGAAAUGACUUUGACUUUCCCGCUCCUGUCCCAGGAACCAGCGACAACAACCCCGCUGCGUCUGAAGAUGCCUUAUUCAGGGACAAGUUGAAACACAUGGGAAAAUCCACCCGGAGGAAGCUGUUUGAACUGGCCAGGGCCUUCUCGGAGAAGACCAAGAUGAGGAAGUCAAAGAGGAAACACUUGUUGAAGCAUCAGUCACUGGGGGCUGCGGCAUCAACAGCCAAUCUCCUGGACGACGUGGAGGGCCACACCUGUGACGAAGACUUCCGGGGAAGGCGACAGGAGGUGCCCAAGGUGGAGGAAGCACUAAGGGAAGGACAGUAAGAGAUGUAGCAGUUUUUCCUCGCCGGAGACCAUCUGACCCGGUAGAGGCAGCCACAGAGCAAACCGGCCCUCCGCUGAAGAGCCCAGCUGCAGCCGGACGGAUGGUGCUUGAGUUCUGAGGCCCAGUGGUUCUCCAGCCACAGUCCAGCCCAGCCACUGCCACUGCCACUUCCCAAGGGACUGAGAACUUCCGGAGUUGCAUGCUGUGAUUGGAGGAAGGGCCUGAGGGUGGAGGCAGCAGCCAACCACAGUCCCUUUCGUAGCCAGGCUGUUCUGUGGGGAACGAGUGGAAAUGUAGGAUCUAACCCCUCUUCGUAAAAAAAAAAAAAAAAACCACCCAGAAAACUGGCAAAGGUUGGAGUACCCAGAAGGGGAGGAUGAUCCUACCAGAGGCUCGUUGGCCUGAAGGUGGAGCCCCUGCCCCCCUCUUGUCCUGGUCUCUCCUGUCGGGCCACAGACACUGCCUGAUCCCAUACCCCCAUCCGCAGCUCCCUUCUGGGCACCUAGGGUCCUUUAAUCCCAUGGCCUUCUGCAUCUCAGUCUUUCCCCAGGGGUGCUGGUCCUUGGCACUCCCCUGCACGGAGCUCUGGGUGAGAAAGCCCUGGGCAGUCACUCAGGCCCGCUCUGAGGAGUGAUGGGCCACCACAGAGAGGUAUCUGCUGAGUACCCUGCCUGGGCCCCUCGGGCUGCCUCUGUUAGGGGCUGGCAAGGGCCCCCAGCAGGGAUGGGGAGGCUGGCCACCCCGGAGCUGGCGGAUUCUAGCUAGGCAGGGGUAGUGUUUACUCUGACAGAAGACAAAAGUCAGUCCUGGAUGGGAUCCUGUAGUCCCACGACAGUGGGGGCUCCAGGGGCUCUGACUCCCCAGUUGGACUAGAAGUUCUGCUGUCAUUAAGGGUGGGCAGCGGCCAGUUCUUUAGUAACCCUGAGAAGGUGCAGGACUGAGGGGCAAGAAGGAGAGGCUGCCAGCCGGGCCAGAGCCUCUGGGGCAGAAGGGCUUGCUGGGUGCCCCUUGCCAAGAGUGAGAAGGCAAAUGGCCAGGAGGAAAACAAGGGUCCUACGAACCUGACCCGGCACCAACCACUGCCAACGGGAGGGAGGGGCAGCCGGGCUUCCGUGGCCCGGCUGGAGGCGGGAAGGCGCCGACCUCGGGAGAACCGGGGAGCCGGGCAGGCACGGGGCUAGGGCCCGAGCGGGGAGCCAGCCCAGCGGCGCGGCGGUGGGGCGUUGGGGGCGGGCGCCAAGCCUGGCGGGGCUUGGUGGCCCUAAGCCACCUCGAGAUAGGGCGUGGCGGGCUCCCCGCGGUGCCGGAGGGGGACCCUGGCCCGGCUCAGCCUCCCGAGCGAGUGCGGAAGUGCUGCCGCCCUCCAAUCCCCACCGCCCCCCAAGGGCUCCUGAUGACCGGGCACAGAAGAGGGGGAGCGCCAGUCGCCCCCCGCCCCCCACCCCCCACCCCCCGUCCGUGUGUGUGGUUUUGUCAGUUUUUUUGUUUUUGUUUUUUCUCCUGCGUGUGGGUUUUAUCUUGGAGCAGUUUCAUAGGAAUUCGUGUAAUAAAGACUUGGUGUUCUCUUGGU